GAAAAUAUUUUGCGCAGCAACAGAACAUUCUAGGACAUUACCGUUAAAAUACCAGCAAAUAAAUAAAUCUCAUUAAUUAAUUCAAUUAAUUAUAGAAUUUAUAUAUCAACAAUCAUCGAGUCAACAAUUAACAAACAACAUGUCAGUCUUUUUACAAACCGCAACCGGUGUUUUGAAUCGUUCAAUUUUGUACAUUGGAUCACGUUUUUUAUCAACAAUGGCACAUGAUUUCAAGGCACACGAGAUUGUUCCUGAUGUUAUUGAUAAAUCUCCAACAAAAAUUCUUGAUGUAACAUAUCCAAGUGGCAUCAAGGUUGACAUUGGCAAGGUGCUAACACCAACCCAGGUUAAAGAUAAACCUGAAAUUAAAUAUGAUGCUGAAGGAGAUGCAUUUUACACUUUGUGUAUGACUGAUCCUGAUGCACCAAGUCGUAAGGAACCAAUAUACCGUGAAUGGCAUCACUGGCUUGUUGCAAAUAUUCCAGGCAACAAAAUAAAUGAUGGUGAUGUUUUAUCUGAUUACGUUGGUUCAGGACCACCCAAAGACACUGGUCUUCAUCGUUAUGUCUUCUUGUUGUACAAACAACCAGGCAAACUAAUUUUCAAUGAAACACGUCUUACCAAUCGCAGUGGUGAUGGACGUGCUAAAUUUUCCAUUAAAAGUUUUGCUGAAAAAUACAAGCUUGGUGAUCCAAUUGCUGGCAACAUGUAUCAAGCUGAAUGGGAUGAUUAUGUACCUAUUCUUUACAAACAACUUGGCGAAUAAUUAUUUCAACAAAAUAUGAUCAUUCUUACUUCCAUUUUUAAAUUUUAUAUUAUAUUUCUAUUCUUCCACAUCAUAUUUUUAUCAACAUAAUAAAUAUGUACUACUUUUGCAUUGUAUCCUAGACAAUAGGAACUUGAAAAUAAAUAUAUUUCUUUCAAUGAAAAUAAUAAUCUUUAGCUUUUUUUUUUUUAAAUAGAAAAAAUAAUUUAAAAGUGAAAGAGUUUUAAAAAUAGAUAGAAAAACAAGCAAAGUUGUUUCAU